CCCGUACAUUAUGGUCGUGAUCGCGUUGGUGUUACUUCCGUGUGUGGUGGUGCUGGCCGGUGUCACCGUCCGGUGGUUUUUACGCCGCCGUCAAACGUUCUGGCCACGGCAUGGUAUACCGGCGGCCCGGGAUCCCCAUCUCCUGUACGGUAACGUGGCAGGACUGGUGGCAAAACAUCACACCUCCACCAUCUUGCAGUCACUGUACAGGGAGUUUCGCGAGCGUCAGCUACCAGCCGGUGGAUUCAAUCUAUUCUUCUCGCCCGUGCUGCUGCUCGUCGAUCGCCAGUUGAUCGAGCGUGUGCUGGUCAAGGAUUUCGCCCAAUUUCAAGACCGUGGCCUGUACGCCAGUGACAAGGUGAAUCCGUUGAGUGGUGAAACGUUAUUUUCACUGUCCGGUGAUCGAUGGUACCGUAUGCGGCAACAUAUGCUGCCUGCCUUUGGAGUGAGCAGCAUGCGGACAAUGUUUUCGACCACGGCCCGUAUCGCGCAGACGCUGGUUGUUUACAUCCGUGCGCAGAGCAAGCGGCGCGAUCUGGAGUGGACAGAUUUGAUGGCACGCUACACGACGGACGUUAUUGGCAGCUGUGCGUUUGGUAUCGAUUGUCGUACGAUUCGCGACCCGGGGACGGAGUUCCGGGCGAUGGGCUACCGGGCGUUCCGGUGUAGCUUGCGAAGGAUGUGGAAGCUGCGGUUCGGCUAUGCUUUCCGACGGAUUGCUGACGUGUUGCAGCUGUGCGUGAAUGAACCGUCGGUGGAAAGGUUUUUCCUGCAGCUUUGCCGAUCGACGGUUUUGCACCGGGAGAGCUACCAGCUGGUGAAGCGUGACUUUCUGCAGAUGUUGCUGGAAAUGAGGGCGAACGGGCAGCUCGAUAUGACGCAGGUCGCUGGACAGUGCUAUUCGUUUUUCAUUGCUGGAUUUGAGACGUCUGCCAGCUUGAUGUGCUUCUGUUUGUACGAGUUGGCCAAAAAUGAGAACGUGCAGGAGAAGCUACGCGCAACUAUUGUGGCAGCGCUGGACGAAACUGAUGGUCAGCUGAGCUACGACAUGGUGAUGUCUUUGGGGUAUCUGGAUCAGGUUGUGAAUGAAACUCUACGAAUGUAUCCACCAGUGGAUUUUCUAUUUCGCGUUGCAAAUACUGACUACCCGAUAGACGGCUUCGGGACCAUUCCACGUGGGACACUGUUAGUUGUUCCUGUGCAUGCAUUGCAUCACGAUUCCGCAUACUAUCCACAGCCGGAAAUGUACGACCCGGAACGGUUUGCCACUGAACCCAAAGCGAGCCAUAAGCGAGACGGGGCCCCAUUCUUGCCAUUCGGAAUGGGACCAAGACACUGUCUUGGGAUGACAUUCGGACUAAUGCUUGUGAAGACCGGUUUGGUGGAAAUGUUGCGUUCGUUCCGGUUCUCGCUCGAGGUGGAUCGAACACCGGAAACUGUUACCUUUAAACCGCGCUCGUUAGUGCUAGCCCCCAACAGCGGGAUGUACCUUAAUGUGGAGCGGGUUUAACAAAUUGUGAUAAGACUUUGUACCUUA